AUGAAAGAACCCCGGAUUUUCCCUAGAGAGCGGCCAACUCCUUGGACUCGUGCUCCGCUGCCACCUCGAGGACGGAUGGACAGUUCCCUGGGACCACAAGGGGGUCCUGCUUUAAACACAGGCCACCCUCUGGGUAUGAACUCAGAUCCCUUCCUUAUGGCAACUGGCUCUCUUGGUGGAAAUUUGGCCCCAUUUCCAAGGAACCCGUCUCCUUUUCCAACUUCAUCAGGCUCAUUGGCUUCAAAUCCAGCACCUUUCCCUGCUGGUGCUCGUGACCCAAGCAUGGCUUCUUUUCCAAGAGGGAUGAAUCCCACUGGCACAGGGAUACAUUGGCCUGCAGGUUCCAAUUCAUAUGCGGUCCCCUGCUCACCACUGGAGAAUCAGCUCACUGCUGUGUAGAAAUGUUGCGUUGGUGAGCGGACCAUGCUUCAGCAGCACUGACCUGGUCACCCUCUACUGCCAUACCUUCCCCUGGGGGCUGGAACACAGAACAGGGAAGUGCAACCACUUCAGAGAGCCACCAAAUUUCUGCUUGCCUGACCGGGCCUGCAGCUCCCUUCUCCUGGGACUGAAUUAGCGGAAGCCAGGAUCAAGGCUCCACUGCUCAUCCUGCUCCCUCUCCACUGGUACACCCAAUCAGAGAGCCUCAACAUUAAACUGAUGUGGAUGGGGUUAUGGGAAUUGGGGUGGGGGUGGGGGGGAUGAAGGGGAGAAAUCACUGUGCUUCAUUCAGCCUGAUGUGAAAGGAUGGUUGGUGUUUUCCUGCAUUGUACCUUUUCUUACUGUUUCUUUAAUAAAUGGGACGAGAGGGCUAUU